CUGAUGAGCAGAGGCUGCAGAGCAUUCAAAAGUAACAAAUCUAAGCAUCUGCCAAAAAGAGACCCAAGAUAUGAAAUCUAUCUUGGCUUCCUGCAUUCUCCUUUAUCUUUUCUUGUUUGUGAACCUCAACGAUGCCAGAAAAGACCAAGGAGACUACUGGAAAAUCAUAAUGAAAGACCAACCAAUACCAGAAGCAAUCAAAGGCCUUUUUCAUGGAGAUCCACUAUAUCAGGCUGAUGCAAGGCAAAAGGACCGUUUUGUUAAAGAUUUUGAUGUUACCCCUAAUGCUAUUAUAUAUCAUUCCCAUAUGAAGCCUAAAGAAGAGAAGCCUCAUGCCAAGGACUUUGAACAAAAGCAAGAUAUAGAGCUGCUGGGCUGAAGAUUUGCCAAAAGUGUGAAGCAGAAGAAGGCUGAUGUUUGUACAAUUUCAUGCAGUGUGUGAUGAUCAGUGGUUGAAGUUUUGUUUUAGAGGAGAAUGAUUGGUACUGUACGAAUCUUAAUAUUGAUAAUAGUAUCUAUUUUGGCUUUUCCAAAUCUGUAGAAAAGCCGUAUGAAUCCUGAAUAUAGCUUAAUGAAAUAUUAUAAGCAUGUUUCCAGUUAAAACUUUUGCUCGUAA